AUGUAUUAUUUAAUAAUCAUAUUUAUUGGAAUAGCUUGGUUUUGUUGGAGAGAUAAUAUUAAAUGCAAAUUUCCUAUUACAUCAAAAGAUAUAGUUUUAAUAACAGGAGCAUGUAUGGGUUUGGGAAAAGCUUUGGCAAUAGAAUGUGCUAAAAAAAAAUGUAAAUUAAUACUUUUGGAUGUUCGAUCAGAUUUAUCUUUGGAUUUACUUUAAGAUAUUAAAAAAGAAGGAAGUGAAGCAUAAUUUUAUAGAUGUGAUCUUAGUGAUUUAUAAUCAACAAAAGAAUUAAUUUCAAUAAUAAAAUAGAAAUACAAAGUCACAAUUUUGAUAAAUAAUGCUGGAAUAGGAAUUUUUAAAUUGUUUUAAGAUGAAUCAAUGUAAGAUGUGAUUAAAACGAAUACAAUUAAUUAUCUUGCUCCAGUUAUGCUUACUUAAGAAUUCAUUAAAGAUAAUAUUAAACAUAUUGUUAAUAUUGGUUCUGCUGCAUCUAUUGUUUAAGGGAUGAAAAUAACUGCUUAUUCUGCUAGUAAACAUGCAUUAUGGGGAUUUCAUAAUUCAUUAAGAAUGGAAUUAAAGCAUUAAAAUAGUAAUGUUAGAACAACUUUAGUUUGUCCUUGGGGAAUUAAAACAGGGAUGGUAUACAUUUAUUAUCAUUAUAGAUUUAAGGAUUGAAAACAAAAUUAGAUUAUUUUUUACCUAUGAUGACUCCUGAAUAUGUUGCAUAGUGUAUUCUAUAAGCAAUAGAAGCAGGAAGAGAGAUAAUAUUUAUAUAAUGGUACUAAUUUUAUAUUGCUCACAUUUCAAGAUUAGUAUCAAGUAAAAUUGUUGAUUGGUUUAUUUUAUUUGUUUAAGCUAAACAUGUUCAUGAAUUUAAGGGUAGAUAAGAAUGA